UCGGCCUCUCGCCGCUCCGUCGGCUCCGCGCUCGUCGUUUAUCGCCCAGGGGGUCCCGGGGAGCUGCCGCAGCCUGGCACCGGGCACGGCGGCCGCUGGCUACCGCUGACAGCCCGCCCGCCAGCCCGCGGGGAGCAUGCCCGGCCGCGCCGCGCACCAGGAGGCGGCGGCGGCGGCGGCGGCGGGAGGACCAGAGCCCACUGCAGCCGGGGGCAGCGCGGGGGCCGCCGCGCAGCAGGAGCAGCGGGGCCUGGCGGGCUCCUUCCCGCUGGUGCUGAAGAAGCUGAUGGAGAACCCGCCGCGGGAGGCGCGCCUGGAUAAAGAGAAGGAGAAGAUAAAGCUUGAGGAAGAUGAGACAGCAGCUGCCAGCACUAUGGCAGUCUCGGCCUCCCUCAUGCCACCCAUUUGGGACAAAACUAUUCCUUACGAUGGCGAGUCUUUCCACCUGGAGUACAUGGAUCUGGAUGAGUUCCUGCUGGAGAAUGGAAUUCCUUCCAGCCCUACUCACCUGGAUUUGAACCAGAAUCCACUCUUGCCUGUAGCUGAGUUGGAAGGAAAGGAGUCUGCCAGUGCUUCUACUGGUUCUCCUGCAUCGUCUUCUUCCACUGCUGUUUACCAGCAAUCUGAAGCAGCUUCCAGCACAGAGUCCCCACCACAAAAUGAGAGAAAUACUCCCAGCCCCAUUGAUCCUGACUGCGUAGAAGUUGAGGUGAAUUUUAACCCUGACCCUGCUGAUUUAGUGCUGUCCAGUGUGCCUGGUGGUGAGCUCUUCAAUCCUCGCAAACACAAGUUUACUGAAGAGGACCUGAAACCACAGCCAAUGAUUAAAAAAGCCAAGAAGGUUUUUGUCCCAGAUGAGCAAAAGGAUGAAAAGUACUGGACAAGGCGAAAGAAGAACAACGUGGCAGCCAAGCGCUCCCGUGAUGCUCGGCGGCUAAAGGAGAACCAGAUCACCAUCCGGGCAGCCUUUCUUGAGAAAGAGAACACAGCCCUGAGGACGGAGGUCGCAGAGCUGCGCAAGGAAGUGGGACGAUGCAAGAACAUAGUUUCUAAAUACGAGACCAGAUACGGACCCUUUGACUUAUCUGAUUCCGAGUGAUGCAACUUUAAAGACUUUUAAAAACAAAGAAACUAAAAAGCACACAUGAAUCGCCAGUCUUCAGAGUGAGCAGUGAAAUCUAUGAGGUGUCCCAACACAAACAACUGACGAUGACCCUGCCUGCCUGCUUGCCUGCAAGUACCCCAUCUGAACUACCCAGGGCUGGGCAUGAUGAAAAGUGCAAAGUCUCCUUAAUUCUGUAUAUGGCUUUCUUAUCUGUCUUUCUCACUGUAACUAUGAACUACAAUAAGCUUACUUAUUGGGGUUUUGUCAAGACACUCAAAGUUUGUGUCUCAAAGUCUGUUGACAGCCUGUGUGAAUAGUGACUGUUUUGGCACUCGAGUGGAGAAAAUAGGGAGCUUUAAAUGAAAGUGUGUAUGUGUGUGUGUGUGUGUGUGUGUAUAUUAAGAACUGCUGUAUUUUAAGGCUGUUCACUGCAGUAGAAUGAAUUUUAUUUAAUACUGCAGCUCACUUCUGGAACAGUGUAGCAUCUUGUGGAGUACUGUGAGUGCAGAAUUAAAGACACCAGGAAAACAGCAGUCUGAUGUGUGAGACUUCCAGCGCAGGAGAAUAGAGCAGAUGUAGUGAAACAAUUCAGAGAGCACCACAGUGUGCCAUACAAAGAGCAGUAGCAAACGACCCAUGUAAAACACUUUGCUUUCCUGCCUCACAGCUGCACUGCUGUAACCUGCCUUUUUCUUCUGUUUCUUUUAUGAGGCUUGCUUCCUUUUACGGUAUCUUGCUGAAACAAGAUCUGUUCUUCUCUUAACAAUUUAGCAGUUGUGGAAAAGGUGCUAGUCUGAGCUGCUGACCCUCAUGUCUUUUAUCAGUCUCAAACGACCAAAUGAACAAUAUUAGCUCCAGCAAAACAGUGGCUAUUAGCUGCCAUAUUACAGUUUUGUGUCUCUUUGCCUACGUGAGAGCUGUGGUGGUGCAAAAGGUUGCUUUGUUCAUCUGUCUUAUAAAACUCAAACAGCCAAUGGUUUCCCACAACGUGCAGCUUAAAUAUUGAGACCCAUGUGCUGGUGUGGGAGAGCAGAGGAAAGCUUGGACAGAUUGCAGGGAUGUUUAUUUUGUGUAGAAGAGGGAGGAAGUAGGUGGAAGUUCUUUUGUAGGAGUUUCAUCAGCAUAACAAGAAUCGGAAUCUGCUUUUAUAUUAAGGAAGCUUAAGAGCUGGGUUUGCGUGGGGAGGAGAAGAGUACUAAAUUUCUGGAAAAGUAGUACAGGGCCAUGCUUGUAGCCAAAAUGGAGCUUGUAAAACAGGAGUGUAUUCAUGCCUAGAUGUUGAUAAACAGAAUACACCUCAAGAAAAAGAAUCUUGCAAGCUUUCAGAAGCACAAGUGCUGAAACUGAGGCAUAGCUAGUCACCAGCAAAGCUCAACCCUAUCGUAUUGAACAAGUGUUUUAUUUUGACUUGGCAUUUACCCAAGAGAUUCCACCCUAAAUUUGAGCAGAAAGACCAAAAAAAAGGUGCAAAGAAGCAGCUAAUGUUGUAAACUUCAUUUAAAAACGUGAUAAAAAUCUCAAAACUAAACUGUUUUUUUGAAGGCAUAACCUUUGUAAAGAGCACAUGCAUUAAGUGCAGUUAUUGACUUACCAUUUUUAGUCUUCUGAUGUCAAGGAAAAGCUUUGAACUUUUGCUGGUGAGAACAGUAUACUCACUAAUCUAUUAUUGUAAUUUGAGGUUCUAAAGCUCUGAGAUAAUCUUGAGGUAUUCUCUUUAAAGAGAUUAAUAGCUCCACGUUGCUGAAAUGUCAGCAUAUAUCUCUAUCAAGUAUUGCUGAUUUGGACUGAUCCUUCUGGUAUGUGCUGUGUCUUAUUGUUUUAUUUGAGUGAUAAAGGCCAAACCAUGGAUUUAUUAUUUUUUUAAAACCAAAAAACAACAACAAAACAAACAACCCCGAGAGCAUGUAAAUGCAGCAAAUCUUUGCAUUUAUCACUUCUUAAUUUUCAGUUAGCUGUGAAUGGCUAUUCUUGAGAGUUCUGUUUAAACCACAAAGCUAAAGGGUAUUAGCUCUGAGGAAGGAGUCCUUCGUUGGAGUGUUUCUGUCUUACUGCUUUAGGAAUAUCUUUUAGAUACUUAGGUGUUGUAUACAGGAUUUGAUCUUGCAGUAUGUUACUCUAUUUUAACAGCAAAAUAUUCAGCGAGUGAGAUCAGUAUCUGCAAUUUUAUUGACUCUUUCUGUUGUAUUAAAAGCUUACACAGUGCAAACGUAAGAGUGAAUGUUCAUUAGAUCUUUCUUUCAGAGAAGACUGUUAGCAAACUCUUGUGCUUCCCUGUAGGACAGUGCAAAUUUGCACACUCUGUGAUUCAUGUGUCUACAGGUUGCAAAACUGGAAAAUUGCACUUUAGGGUUAGUGCAGCUUUGCUUUUAUAGUUGGAGAGAUUUCUUUCUUCUUUUUUAUCAAGGAGCAACAUCUUUAAAGAUAAGAUAGUAGCUAUUUAAAGGCAUGUAGGUAUUGCCAGGCAAAAAAUAAUCGUGUGCAAUGUCAAGUUCCUUUCUCAGUUUUUGCAGUCUCAGGAAGUUAAGCUCCUUGCUUUGGAGCUCUCUGCUCCUCUCAGAACGAUUAACUGUAUGCUCUUGUUUAUUAGGAUGACAAUCUUGUCCAUGAGUGACAACUUGGGUACGUUUUCAUAGCAGUCCUAAGGCAGCCAAUAUUCUGUUGGCUCAAUUUGAAUAUGCCGAAUUGACACUGUUGGAGUCAGAAGUUCUCUACCAUUGGAACGGGCUCUGUAGAGGCCAUAAGUGUGCCUGAUGCCAACAUACCCCAUUCCAGCCAUAAAGGGACCAUCUCCAUGGGGAGAAAAUAAAGGGAGCUCACAUCUUUGGCAUCGCUGUGGGAAUUGCCAGUAAAGGGAGCUGGUUUUGACACAGCUGUACAUUCGUUAGAAAGUGGAUUGAAACUAAACGGCCAUUUCACAGUACUAACUUCGAACAUAUAUAAACUGUUGGUGAGAUCUAUGGGCAACAAGUGUUGUCUUAUUCUACAGAGGAAACACUCUGAAUAAAUGAGGUGAAACAUUUCACACAGCAUUGCUUUAAUACAUGGCCUUUUAAUCUACACAUAGUUCUAUCUCCUUAACGAUAAUAUGGGUUUGUAUUUUAAAAUUCCCUAGAAGCUUAAUCUUUCACCUGUUGCCAAGAUCUGCUCCCACUGAAGCCAGGAACAAAGAUCUCAUUAACUCCCACAGGAAAAAGUCUUUACUGUCACAUGGUUAUGGUAAAGUUUGAGCAAGCACUGGGGACACGGUUAUCUUUGCUUUACUCUGGAGCAUUCUAUGCUGGGAUCAGGUGGGUGUAUCUCAGAUUGCAGGUGCAAUAUUGGUAGACUGGUCCUAUCACUUCUUCAUUUACACAGUUAGUGGUAGUUUUGCUAUUCAACUAAGAUGAAUUCUGCUUUCUUUUUUUUUUAUCCCCUGCCCUGCAUGGACAGGGUGAACAAGAUAGUGUACUCUAAACUUGUGCUGGGAGAAGAAAUGUGGUGUUGUUUUGGAUUUUUUGUUUUUAAAAAGGUGAAUGUGGCUUUUUGCAGUUCUUCUAGUAACGUUUUAUAUCUUUCCUGACAAGUCUUCGUAUCUCUGCUGCGCUGUUUGAAAGCCCAAGGCAUCCUAGCUGUAGAAAUUGCUUUCAGCGUUAUCUGCAGGACUGCUAGUACUUGCACCUAAUUCAUUUCAAGUUGGGAGGUGCAGUGGAAAGCCAGCAGCUUUGGGAAUACUGUAAUAAAACCACUUGUGUGGAGAAAUGUUUUUUGUGUAGACAGCAGAAACAGUGGACUUGCACAGAAGAAUAUACUGCUGCUUCAGCCUUGUAAGCCUCCUCAGCGUGAGAGGGCCCUGUUCCUUGUGAUCAGAUGCCUUCCAUUUUAGCAAGAGUCGAGGUAUCUCAGACCUUUGCAAAAUCCACAUAGGCUUUUGUUCACUCUUAGGCUUUUAGCUGCUAAGCACAAGAUAAGAAAUGCACAUUUAUCUUAAUGCAUAAAUCUCCUGGUUUUGGCAACCUACAUUGAAAUCUAUAAACAGCAAAUAACAUUUGUUAAUACUAUUGUUUUGCCCGAGCAGCGCUACAAGACACUAGCUGGCUUUCUAGAUGUUCAGAGCAUUACUCUGGUCUGUCUGUCUGCCACUGUGGCACGGUGAAGAUAGAUAAACUCACAAUGAAAGACUGGGGGAAAGGUAGAAAGAAUAGGCUUAACUAAAGUUCUGUGGAGGUGCUAACAUAAUGCUAAUUGAGAAAUUGCAGUGAUUUAAUUCUUGAUAAUUCAGAUUUGUCAUAUGGGGUGUAAUUUAUUAGUCUGAUAGAACGCUGUCCCCUAGCAAGUCACUUUUGGAAUGUAACCUUCCUAAAGUUUAAACAGCUACAAGGGAGGGGGAAUCCUUUGAGGAAGUCACAUGUGUAGAUAGAUGUAGAUACUGGACAAGGAAAGCAGGAACAGAAGAGUAACAUGAUAGUCUGACUUGAGCGAGAUUGCUAAAACUCAAGCCUCACUGUUUACAAUUUCAGGCCAAUUUGGAUCCCCACAGUAUAGCAUCAUAUGGAAGGUAAUAUAGUCAUUUAGGUUUUGGGAAUCUCCUUGAUCUCAUUUCCACAGUCCAGAGGAAACUGAAAGGAACAUAUAGAUAAGGGAGGAGAGUUACUGCAGGAAGGCGCAUGACAAAAUAGCAGUUUCUUUAACUUAAGUGUGCUUGGAACCUGACUUGCUGAUGGUGCUCCAUCAUGAGGAAUUUACUAUCUGAGGCCCCAAUAUUUGAAGGCCUCAAUUCUGCCGUCAUUUCUGCGUGGGGUGAGCCCUGUAUCCAUAGACAGCCACGUGGGCUUCACAGGAUCUCUACUUGAACGUGAAGCUCUGCCCAGGCAGUCAGCUGCAGAAUUGCGUCCUUAACGCACCAUCGGUUGUAGUUACAAGGCUGUUGAUAUCAAGUGUAAUUUGGGUGCCUGUUACAUAGCCAAAACCCUCGUUACUUCUUUUUGACAACUAAGGCAUGAGCAGAAGCCCUUUGCUGUACAACAUCUGUAAUUAAGAAAAAAAAAAUAGUAAAAAAAGAAAAAAAAAAGUACUUGACAUACGUCUAGUAAAUUAAGGCAUGUGAUUUUUGGUCUGUGGGUCUCAACAAACUUUGCUCGUGUACCUACCUGCCUGAAUGUUUUCUUAGAUCUGCAGCUAUGUCUCGGUGAGAAGGUCUGGUGGGAUUUGUUUUCCUGAGGGGGCACAGUAGCAGCUGUCGUCCGUCCCGCCGCGGGUGACCGACCGCUUGCUACGGGCCGGGAUCGUGGGUGGACGCGUCCUCUGCACUUUUGCCUGAAGUUGUCUGAAAUAUGGUGAUUAACAUGACUAUUGGAAUACUGUAUUUUGUAUAACUUAGAACGUGUAAAUACACUUUUAAAACUAAUCUGUUCUAUGAAGUAAUAAAUAAGUGCUUCCAUUGUAAUAUCUGAAUAUUGUUAAUGCUUCAUGUAGCUUGAUUUGGGGUUAUUUUUUCCUAGAGAACUACAGAAAUCAAAACAAAGAUUGAUGUUGUGGAAUUCUAGUCUAGUUGUGAUGCUUUCUAUCAACAAAGAUGUUUUAAAAAUAAUAACGAGCUACUUAAGCAGAGAAACUGAGAAUUUGAGGGAAUCGAUUCUCUUCCAGUCUUUCUUUAAUGACAGUCACCAGUUCCAUUCGUAACUCUUCCCAUCCCAUUAGCUGGACAGUUGAUUUGUGGUUUGCAAGUAGCGUUUGGAAAGUGACGAUAUUAAAUUCUUCAUGAAGCUUAGUGUUUGAGGGAAACUAAAGUUUUCAGGUUUGGGUUAUUGGUUUGGUUUUUUUUAAACUGUUCUCUCUUUUUAGCUCAAACAGACCGUUCUCUACCCUCCAGCCAGACUGCAGCAAGUUGCCAUGAAACAGUGAGUGACUGUUACCAGAGCUCAUUGGUAACCUAGAUAGUCUACAUCUCUAUUCUCUUAGGUGCAUAGAUGACACAGGUAUCCCAUUGUGGGGAGGAGAGAAAGUGGUUAAUGACUUGAGGUUUUGCUGAGUGUAUGUUCAUUGGGUGCUGCACAGCUGGAACUUUGAUCAGCUUUCAUGACCUUUUCUAUCUCAUGUCAAAAGGAAAAUAUAAAACAGUGGAGUGAGAGUCAUGAGCAGUCUGCUAGGAAACAGAAACUCUUGGGUUUUGAGGAGAGGAGAUGAAUCCAUCAGCCUUCAUCUAAAGAGAUUAGCUUGUGAUGACACUUUCUCCAGCCAUGAGGUAACUUCUUUGUCUUUCAUGCUGUACUGGAGCAGUUUCCUCUCUGGUAACAGCUGUGUCUGCAGUGUUCCAUAAAUUACAGUGUCACAGCAUCUUUUGUAAUGGGCAGAGAUGGUGGCAUCUCUUUUCUUCUUCUUUUUUUUCCUCCCCUCUCAGUGUCUCUGGGCUGUAAAAUAGCUAUGAAACAGCAAAGUAUAUGUGCAAGUGACUCAGAAAACUCUGUUCCUGUAAAGCUUUUUCAGACACAUACGAUUCGUAACUAAAUAGUUUGAGGAAACUCCUAUCUGCUACAUUUGACCUGAAGUUCUGUUGCCUCUUGGAUAAAAGUGGGGUUUUUUUGGCUUCAGAUGUGACACUGAUCUGUCCCGUUCACUCGGUGGGAUGGAUGAUAAAUCUGCACAGUAUUUAUAUAAGAUAUAAUUCUGAUGUUAGUUUUACUGUGUGUUAAGUUGUUUAAUCUCUGGGAUAUCUACUCCUUGAGGUUGUCUAUAUAAUUCCUGUAAAUGUAACUGCUUUUUGAGGCAGUCCAUCAAGUGCAUUUGAGAUCAUCCUGACUGAAAGAUUCUAUAGAAAUGAAAAGAAAUAAUAAAGAUUAAAGAGCUGGGUAAAACUGUAUUGCCAUAAAUGGUUUUAAUUUAUAUAUUAAUCUUUUGUCCCAAACUGCUUAUUUUGUACAUAAACCUACACACUCCUGGCAGCUGAUGGGUGAAAAAUAAAGGUGCUUAUACAGCAAUCUAAUGAGGAAAGGGCAUUUCACUGUUGCAGAGUUGGUAUUAUUUUAUAUUUCCAUUUAUUACACUUUUUAAAAUGUAUAAACUACAGAUUUGAAUUCUCAAAGUCUUCAGCUUGGAUUUUGUGAGUAGUUUAAAUCCUCUCACCUCUCUGCUCGUAACUGGUUUUUAAGAAAAAGAAAAGCUUUUGUUUAAAAUGUAAAAUUUUGACUGUAUUAAAUUCUGUUAGUACCCUCCAUUUUUAAGAAAUAAAAUGUAUAUUCCACUA